CUUGGCUUUAGCUCGUGAUACCAUCCACCACCGCCAAAAGAAAACUGCGACUAUGGGCAGUCGGACCACCUCUGUCAAAUUACCAACGCUCGACCUCUCCAAGCCUUCGCCCAUGAGAGUACGUGGGCGCAGUGGCAGCAUCGUCAAGGUCGAGCAAGUCGGUGACCAUUCGGCAGAAGACGCCCUCGACCAGAGCCUCUUUGUGAACAUCAACGCCAAUUGGGUCAAUGCCAAGGGUGCAUGGCUCAUACACGUCGUUCUCAUCUGUGCAGGCAAGGUCUUGAUUGAUACUAUGCCUGGCAUGUCCCAGCAAGUCAGCUGGACUUUAGUCAACCUUCUGUAUCUGGCUCUAUCGUAUCUAAUGUUCCACUGGGUCACCGGUAUGCCAUUCGAAGGGGACUUGCGUGGAGGGGCGUACGACGACCUAACGCUAUGGGAGCAAAUCGACGACGGCGCACAAUACACUCCCGCAAAGAAAUGGCUAUUCUCGGUGCCAGUCGUGUUGUACGCCGUCAUUUCAUUCUCGUUGCCGUCGAACCUCAUUGCUUACCUGUCUAGAUUUCUUGCGUCAACACACUACACUAAUUAUAACCCAUGGCUGUUCGCCGUCAAUCUUACCGCUCUCAUCUUUGUCUUGAUUCCCAAAUUACCCCAGCUGCACCGUCAGCGCGUACGCUUCAUGGCUGACGACGCAUCCGGCAUCGCCACCCCUGUAACACCGAGUUUUCCUUCUUCUGGAGCGCAGACACCAGUAGACCAUGCUGCGCGACUGUCUGAUAUUACAGACGCUCACUUUCGGUAACAAUGCCCGUCAAUACGAAUAACGUACCCUACUACAUUCCUUGGAGCAUUUUUUUCCCGUCGCAAACACAUCAUGAUCUCUUCUGCUCUGUAUAAAUACUCUCAUCUCCAGCACUUAGAAUAUGGGAAUGUUAACCCGGAAAUUUAAUC